CAGUGCAGUGGCCACCGGGGCGUUCCUACUGAACGUAAGUGUUUGUUUUGGCGCUGUGUGUGGCGGGAGCUCACAAAUGACAGCUGAGGUAAACGGUUUGUUUACGUGCUUGUAUCGUUGAAAUUUUUGCUCGAAUCUAAAACUGAUCAAACUAGAAAGGAAGUAGACAAAACCUACCCUUCAACAGCAUAUUUAUAGCAGGAGAGCAACCGCGUCUAUGUACAAAUUUCACGAGUUCAGCAGUGACUACAAUGAAUACUGAGGAAAGGAAACGUUUUUAUAACAAGUUGAUCGACGGUGUAAGUGAGCUUCAUAAAGAAAUCUCGGCAGAUAGCGUGGACAAUUCAAGCGCCAUAAACGAGGUUUCACAACUCAUAAACCAAUCGAAUGAUCUGAUCAGGCUCACAACACCCAAUGACCAUGUUAACAACACAGCAGAAGUCGUUAUGGAUGCGCAAGUUAUGCAAAUGGGGCAUGAAAUCGUGGGGGAGAUCGUGAAUAGAGUUUGCACCUUGGAGUUCUCCACGGAGGAAUACUGCGCCGCAAUUCAAAGCAGGUUUGGCGGCAAUGGUUCAGUCGAUUGGAAUACACUAGCAAGCGUCGUUGCAGGGAAGUUUGCAGCACAUAAGAAUAGCAUCUGCCUUCUGGGUUCAUUUAAAAACGAAUCGCCAGAAGUUGUGCAAAAGGCAGCGAGAGCAAGACAACCUAAAUCGGCCCCGUCGGUUCUUGUCCAGCCUGAAGAUGUGAAGAAAGUGGAACCAGAAUCACAGUCAGGGAAAAACCUGAACAUAUUCCUGAGCAAAAUCGCUAAGGUGUUUAUAACCAACAAAAAACAACCAAUCCCGUAUUAUAAAGUCAUUAUUGACCCUGCGGAUUUCAUGCAAACAAUAGAUAAUGCCUUCCAGGUUGCUUUUCUAGUCAGCAAUGGGUCUGCUGUGAUUGAAGAAGAUGAAGACGGAAUGCCAGUGGUCAGACCGGUGUUGGACAAAUCUGAAAGUAACUCUAAAAAGGUGCCAGUGCAAGCUGUGUCCAAUGUUACAAUGAGGAUCUGUCAGGACAUGGCCAAACGUUACAACAUAAGAGAACCUCUAAUUAAAUAGUUAAAUUGCGGCGAGCUGGAUUACAGGUUAAGGCAACGGACAAAAUAUUUGGAAGUAUUUUUUUUGCUAUGUUUACUGUUAAAAAAAAGAAUCCUUUUGAUAAUCCGAA